AUCAUUUCUAUUUUCACUAUGACGUUUACUACGAGAGCUAUUCUGCUCAACUUAGCAACUGCAGUGUAUGCGCAAUACGGACCUAAUGGACAGUACGGCCCCGGAUUUCAUGGGCGAGGUGGCGGCGGCGGCGGCGACGGUCACGGUUACGGUUACGGCGGCAAUGGCCAUGCUACGCAAUACGGUGGUGACGGUGGCAAUGACCAUGCUUCACAAAACGGUGCCAACGGCGGCAAUGACGGCAAUGGCUUUGUUUCGCAAAACGGCGGCAGACCGGAGGACUUCUCUAGCUUCAGCUCAACAUCCCGACGCGAGCUCAUAGUAGCUCACGGUGUGCUAGCAGCCCUAGCAUUCGUCCUGCUCUUCCCGGUCGGGUCAAUCUUGAUACGACUAGGCUCUUUCCGCGGAGUAUGGAUCAUACACGGCUUAUUUCAGCUCUUCGCUUAUGUGAUCUACAUUGCGGCCUUCGGAAUCGGUGUAUGGAUGAUCAACACCAUCCCGGUCGAUAUGCUCAGCAACUACCAUCCGAUUAUCGGCAUCACCGUUUUCGCGCUGCUGUUUUUCCAACCUAUCCUGGGCUUCAUCCAUCACGUUCAGUACAAGAAGUAUAGUCGCCGAACAGUGUGGUCUCACGGACAUUUGUGGCUCGGACGUUUUAUCAUUACCUUGGGUAUGAUCAACGGCGGUCUUGGUUUGCUUCUCGCUUCCGAUGCCCCGGAUUCCACCGGACAUGCUCCAAGCCGGGGCCAAAUCGUCGCAUAUAGUGUGUUUGCCUGUAUCAUGUGGCUGCUCUGGGCAGCAGCAGCUAUUCAUGGUGAGAGAAAGAAGGUGAUUUCUAGGGCAGCGGCCGCAAACAAGGAGGUCGAAACUAGCACGCCGCGUCAUCCCACUGACAACAAGUUGCCCUUUGCACAACGAGUUUACAUCUGAUUAUUUACGACUGCACCUUGAAACCUCCGUACAUAGCGAUGCCUCCCACUACCAAUGACCUUACGAAUAUUCAAUCUAUAUUAUCAUGAUCA